AGUCCGGCCUGAGGGGAGCGGUGAAUGGCGCUGCUUGUCUGAAGGGUCGCGCGCGCCCGGGUGCUGACCCCGGGAGGCCGAGAUGAUCUGCUGUCACAAAGUGAUGCUGCUGGUGGACACCGCAGGCGACGCGGCUCGCCACAGCUUGAUGCGGCGGGCCGCCCUGCGCCUCCUCACUUACUUGAGCUGCCGCUUCGGCCUGGCCCGGGUCCAUUGGACCUUCAAGUUCUUUGACUCUCAAGGGGCGCGCAGCCGGCCCUCUCGGGUGUCUGACUUCCGAGAGCUGGGGACCCGGUCCUGGGAGGACUUCGAGGAGGAACUGGAGGCCAGGCUCGGGGAUCGUGCUCCUGGAGCCCACCUGCCGGGCCCCGCGCCCAGGGCCACCCACACGCACGGCGCCCUGAUGGAGACGCUGCUCGACUACCAGUGGGACCGGCCCGAGAUCACGUCACCCACCAAGCCGGUCCUCCGGAGCAGCGGGCGGAGACUGUUGGGCGCCAACAGCGAGGCCCAGGGGGCCGAGGCCGCGCUCGGAGGGUUUGGGAACGUGGUCUUCCUCCUGGCGCCCUGUCCACACUCGCAGAGGGAGCUGCUACAGUUCGUGUCUGGGUGUGAGGCCCAGGCUCAGUGCGUCCCGCUCACAUCCAAGCAGGUGAUGGAGAAGUUGUUACCCAAGAGAGUCCAGGAGGUCAUGACCGUCCGAAACAUCACCUUGUACUGGGUGGACACCACCGAAAGGUCUACGUUAUGGGAAUCCCCAGACCACAUUGGUUAUUGGACAGUUUGUGAACUGCUCCACCAUGGAGGAGGCACUGUCUUGCCAUCAGAAACUUGGAGCCAGGGUUUUAUUAAAGCUGGGGAAACAAUGCUGGGGGGUGAAGGCAAACUGUCCUGCAAACCUUGCCUCUCCCCAUGGAUUUCAGCUCUGCCAACUGAUGCCACUUUAAACUGUUUACUCUAUAAUUCUCUUGAGUAUGAAGCCUCAUUUCCACAGAUGGAAGGAACAUUAUUUCUUCCUGUUAAAGGCAAAGAGAUUCAAGAAACAUGGACAGUUUCCUUAGAGCCUUUAGCCAUGCAUCAGAGACAUUUUCAGAAACCAGUUAGAAUUUUUCUAAAAGGUUCAGUGGCCCAGUGGUCUCUCCCAAUGAGCGACAUUUUAGGCACUGACAAUUGGAAGCUACAAAGUCCAGAAGAGCACAAAUCAACUCAGAGACUGUUAUUUCAGGAGCUGGUAAGCAAGCUGACUGCUGAAGAGUUACAUCUGGUUGCCAGUGUGGACCCUGGUGAAGGCUGGCCCCCCAUCACUGGAGUUAUUUCCCCACUCUCUGCCAAUGCUAUGAUUCUCACUGUAUUCCGAGCCAAGGAGGCUGAAUUUCAAAGACAUUUUCUCCAGACAGUUGGGGCUGAAGGCCCCCAGGAAACAGCUUCCCUUUUCUCAGAUGUUGUAGAUAGUGUACUUAAUCAGGUUCAUAAUUCAUUUGAAGAUCCUGCUGCUUCUGUUCUCCCUGUUCCAGAGUGGGCCCAGCAGGAGCUUAAAUGUACUAUCCCCUGGAGUUCGGCUAUUGUGGAAAAGUGGUUUCCUUUCUCUAACAUCAGUGGCACCAGUUCAAACUUGAUGGAAUCAUUUUGGUUACUACAGGCUGCCUCACCUAAUAAGGAAGAGUCCUCCAAAACUGAAAGUGAAUUAACACGUUGUCUCUCUGACCUCUACCAGAGAAAGUCCCAUGAAGACUCUGGCAUAGCUCAUCAAGAAGGCAGCCGAAAGAAACGUGGUGUCCCUUGUACUCCAGUGAGACAGAAGAUGAAUACCAUGUCCCGUUCCUUAAAGAUGCUGAAUGUGGCAAGGCUAAAUGUAAAGGCUCAGAAGUUACAUCCAGAUGGUAGUCCAGAUGUGGCUGUGGAGAAAGGGCUCCAAAAGUCAAUUGGUGGAAGAAUAGCAGAUAAAUUGGAAGACAGAGGAAGAACAUUAAGAAGUUCUAAACUUAAAGAUUUUAAAACUGAAGAGGAGCUACUAUCAUACAUUCGUGAAAAUUAUCAAAAGACUGUGGCCUCAGGAGAAAUCACAUUGUAUUCAUGUGCUCAGAGUAUGGUCUCAACCAUUAAGGUGUUCCUAAAGUCAAAAGAUACCAAGGAAUUGGAGGUAACCUGCCUGAAUCAUGUAAAAAACAAUCUCUUAAAAAACAGCAAAACUCUUCGACAAAAUCUCUGGGAAAAACUGGAUAAAGAAGUCAAAGUCAGAGAGUGCCAGCUUCAAGUGUUUCUUCAUCUGGAGACGUGUCUCCAAUGUCCUUCAGUACUGGAAAGUACAGAUGAGGUGGAGCAGGUAGUGGAGGAGGUGACAGAUUUACUACGCAUGAUGUGUCUCACUGAGGACUCAGCACACCCCUCAGAGUUUCUGGAGGAGAUUUUGGGAUUGUAUAUUGACUCCAUCCCAAUGACAAUUGGAAAACUUUACCACAGUCUGGGGUUUAUGAUUCCUCAGAGGCUGGCCAGUGUCCUUCCUCCAGAAUUUUUCAGUGAUGACUCAAUGACACAAGAGAGCAAGUCACCACCUCUUUCGUCAGCUGCUCACAGAUCAGUGUCGGGCAUCUCUGAGUCUGACCAGCUGGAGGAGCUACGGACCAGAUCAGCCAAGAAGAGAAGGAAAAAUGCACUAGUAAGACAUAAAAGCAUUGCAGAGGUUUCACAGACUCUUCGACAAAUUGAAAUUCCCAAAGUGUCCAAGAGAGCUAUGAAAAAUGAGCGCUCUCACCCUGCUCCUGCACAGCAUCCACUCCCAGUGAAAGACACAGUACAAGAGGUGACCAAAGUUCGAAGAAACCUCUUUAAUCAGGAAAUGCUUUCUCCUUCAAAGAGAUCACAAAAGCGGGGGCUGCCUAGAAGCCAUUCUGUAUCAGCUAUGGACUGUGUAUACCACAAGUGUGACAACUUCAAGAAGAACAAAAGCACUACGUUUCAGGGUUAUCACAAACUGCUGACUAAGAGUGUGACUGAGACCCCAGUCCACAAGCAAGUCUCCAAGAGGCUGCUCCAUAGACAAAUCAAGGGCAGGUCCUCUGAUCCUGGUCCUGAUAUUCGUGUUGUUGAAGAGUCUCCUGAAAAAGAGGAUGAAAUAAGUUUGAGACGAAGUCCUCGAAUCAAGCAGUUGUCAUUUAGCAGAACAAAUUCUGGAUCCUUCUAUUCUGCAUCUCAGCCAAAGUCUCGAAGUGUACAAAGAGUCCACUCAUUCCAGUGGAAAUCAGACCAAAGAGAAAAUUCUCCAGUCCAAAGUGUUCAGUCUCCCAAAACUCUUCUUUUUGGGGCACUAUCUGAGAUGAUCAGUCCUUCAGAGAAGGGUUCAGCCCGAAUUAGAAGGUCCUCAAGAAGCAUGUUGGGUUCUGAGACACCUACAGCUUACCAGACUCCCAAAAAGAGAUACCUGAAAUCUCCAAGCUUUCCUAAAACUACACCAAGGAGGUUCCCUCGUACACCACAGAACCUGCUGUUCACUCCAGAAAGACCACAAAACCCCCUUGCUGAAAUGACACCAACUGAACGAGCCAUUUCUGAGACAUCUUUAAAAAAACCCUCUUUACACAGUUACAGCUCACCAUUGGCAUCAAAAAUCACUUUUCAAAAAGGAGCCAACCCAGCAAAAGAAGGGGUCUCUCUUUUCAUGGAGCUACCCAGAACUCCCAGGAGACCAGGUGCUCAGCCACCUGGGUUUUUAUCAAACUCUGCAUGGCCACACCCAGUGAAUUCCAGUCCAGAAAGCCCUUGCUGUCCAGCAUUCCCACCUCCUUUGACCGCCCAGCCCAGGAGUGAGUGUCUGAGCCCCACCAGAUACUCCUUCAGAACACCGCCAAGGACAGCAGCCCUCACAGGCACACCUGAGAAUCAGAAGCACCAACAACUCUGUCUCCCCAGGGCUUUUCAGGCACAGAAACCAGCAGACAAACUACAGGAUGAAGCUGUCAAAACCCCAAAGAAACCAGAAGCUACAAUUACUGCUUCCCUACCUCUUUCUCCAAAGCAACAAUUUACUUUACCAGUGUGUGAUGUUUCCCAGAGUCAGCUUAGGAAAUCGUUGUCAGCGUCUCCUUCCCUUGGAGAACUGGUUUGGAAAGAGCCCCAAAUUUCAACCACUAUAGCUACAUCUGUCUUCUGUUCUGUUCCCUCAACUCCUCCCAGAAUCUCACAGAGAGUGACCUGCAACCCCAUCCCCCCUUCUCCACCAUCUAAGCUUGGGAGACUGUACAGAAAGACAUCCAGUCCUCCUCAAGGCUUCCCCAAAUGCCAGUCUAGACUCUCUGCUGUGCCAGGGCUGGACAUAGCUGCCAGCCCAGUGGCCAUUACAGGCUCUAAAGAGGGCCAAUCUCAAUCUUCUGAAGGACAGAAUUACCUGGGCACUGGUUUCAGGAGUGACUGGCACACAUCCUCUCCUGUGCUCAUUGCAAGUGACACAGAGUACCUUACUCUGCUUGAUGAAGCCAAAUACUCUGGCCUUGAGAGCCAUGAGGUGCAAAGUGGCAUCUUCCCAGGGGAAAAAGGUGAGGAGCCAAAGACCACUGUUGCCCAUGAGCCUGUGUCUGACUCUGGGGUUCUUCCACCUGCCUCUUCUUCCUUGUCCAGCUCUCCUGAGGUACCCUAUACCCUGAUCUGUACUGCAGACAGAAGGCAGACCCAGGCUGUGAAGCAGGAAAGCCUGCAAGCUUCAGAGGUUGCUUGCAGUCCUCAGACCUAUGAAGUUGAGCUAGAGAUGCAAUCGUCUGGCCUUCCCAAGCUCCGAAUUAAGAAGAUAGACCCUGAAACUUUUUUGGAAGCUGAGCCCCUAGGAAAGGAGAGCCCUCUGGGAGAGGGGAGCUCCCUCCCUGCUCUCAGCGUAUUCAAGGCCAGUAGGUCUUCCAGUAGAGCUGAGCAUACCUACUUAUCACCCCCCUGCCUCCACCCCUCGCACAGCACACCUGGCAAGAAUGGGGGGCAAACCUACAUCUGCCAGUCCUGUACCCCAUCCCACUGCCCAUCCAGUACCCCUUCUCCAUUUCAAGCAGAUGUUGGGGUUCCUUGGACACCAUCCCCCAAGCAGAGUGGGAAAACCACUCCUGAUACCAUUAAAGACUGGCCCCGUAGAAAGAGGGCUGUAGACUGCAGUGCUGGGCCCUCUGCUGGGAAAGGAGAGGCCUGUACGGACUUUCUAGGGACUUUAUCACUGCUUGAGCCUGAGCCAGAGGGAAAGGAGCAAAGCCUUGAACGUGACCUCCAUAAGACUCUUAUCUUGGAAGAUUUUGAGCUUGAGGGGGUAUGUCAGUUGCCAGACCAGUCACCUCCCAAGGACAGUGUAUCUAAGACUGAGGAGCCCUUCUCCUGGGGACAGUUUGGGUUGGGCUCCAGGAAGAGACUCCUAUCUGCCGAGGAAGAAGCUGAGUACAAAUCCAAAAGGAUCUAUGAUUCCCUGAGUGAAGACUCCGAAGCUAGCAAGCAUGAAGAGAGGUCUCCACGUUGGAAUGUGCCACCACUCCCCUCUGUAGGGGAUGACGAGGUGUUUGUUUCUGGUUCCUCCCCACCCUCUGGCUGUAUGGUACGAAGCUGCCUCUCUGCCAGUAGUCUGCAGGCCCUGACCCAGUCUCCACUGCUUUUCCAGGGAAGGACACCUUCCUCUCAGUGCAAGGACAACAGAGAUGAGGAUGUGGAUGUAUUUCCCUCCAAUACUGAAGAGUCUCCUUUCAGCCAAGCUUUCCCCCGGAGGCGGCCCUUCAGAACUUAUACACGGAAGAAGCUCAUUAGCUAGUCCAGGUGGAACACGGCUGGAGGACUCAGAAUUAUGAGCACUACAAGCCUGGCCAGCUCCCCUGCAUUCCUGGAGAGGUGUUCCACAGUGGCGUUCUCUGGACGUGGAUGCAAUGCCAGACUUGCACCAUCAAUGCCAGCAGUGUGCGCAGGAGUGGCCAGGACUUAAUGGAACUGAGAAAGUUCAGAAGUGAAAGCUAAGGCCAGGUCCCCUGUGGGCUUAAAGAAAUUGGGGGACUUUGCUGGGCGUAGUGAUGCAUGCCCGUAAUCCCUGCAUUUGGGAGGCAAAGAGGAUCAGGAAUUUAAGGUCAUCUUCUCAUGGACUCCAUCAGGCUCUGCCCCUUGUUGGUGGAGGUCAGGAGUGGGGUAGGUAGCUUAUGUAUAACUUUUGCAGGUUGGGAGUCUAGACACUAAGCAAGGAACCCAUUCCAUACCUCUUUGCCAUGACCUUGGCAAUUCAGAGGACCACUGCCUCUAUU